AAAUUUGCUCAAGCCAUGAUCUUUGCUAUAAAUGAGAUCAACAGAAAUCCUGAUAUGUUGCCGAACGUCACACUCGGCUAUAGGAUCUAUGGUGACUGUGGGACCAUGGACAUACUGAGAGCUGCACUGACACUGGUGAGUGGAGUGAAUAAGGAAGUCAGUGACGACAACUGCACUCAAGAGGAGAUGGUGCAGGCUAUACUGGGACAUUCAGGUUCAAAACCAACUAUUGCAUUUCAACAAGUGGUUGGAAGGUUUCAUGUUCCUGUGAUCAGCCAUUUUUCCACCUGUGCCUGUCUGAGCAACAGAAAACGAUAUCCCACCUUCUUCAGAACGAUUCCCAGUGACUACUACCAGAGCAGAGCCCUGGCAAAGCUGGUCAGGCUCUUCAGUUGGACCUGGAUCGGGGCUAUAGCUGUGGAUAACGAAUAUGGCCACAAUGGUAUAAAUGCAUUUAUCCAAAGUGCACAAGAAUACGGCGUCUGCAUUGAGUAUUCUGAAUCAUUUUCAUCGUCAGGUCCUCCUGAAAACCUACAGAGAAUAAUAAAGAUCAUUAGGCAUGCCACCUCCAGAGUUAUUGUAGCAUUUAUGUCUCACAGAGAAAUUAAGUUGUUGGCAGCAGAGUUGUACCAGCAGAAUCUCACGGGGCUUCAGUUUGUCGGCAGCGACGCUUGGAUCACAGAUCACUCUCUGACAGACAUUGAGGGGCACAGCAUCCUGGAGGGCUCCCUGGGCUUCACCGUGAGCCGAGCUCAGAUCCCGGGGCUGGAGGAGCACCUGCGGCGGCUCCACCCCUCACAGUUCCCCGACAGUCAGUUUGUCAGGGAUUUCUGGGAAGACGUGUUCGACUGCUCUCUGAAUGAAAGUGCAAACACACAGAGAAAGUCAUGCAGCGGCUCUGAGAGCCUGCAAAACGUAGAAUCUCAAUUCACCGAUGUGUCCGAGCUGAGAUUCACUAACAAUGUGUACAAGUCAGUUUAUGCAGCCGCUCACGCUCUCGACAACCUGAUUAAAUGUGAGAAUGGCAAAGGACCCUUUGCCUCUGGGAGCUGUGCUGAUAUCAAACACAUUCAGCCUUGGCAGGUAGUGCAGUAUCUCAGCACUGUGAAUUUCACCACCGGUGAGGGGGAGAGAGUAUUUUUUGACAAAAAUGGAGACUCACCAGCAAGAUAUGAACUCAUUAAUUUGCAAAUGGCAAACAAAGGAACUAUGAAGGGGGUCACAGUUGGACUUUAUGAUGCUUCUCUUCCAGAGAGUCAUCAGUUCAUAAUGAACAACGUCCCUGUUGUCUGGGGACACAGGCUCACAGAGGUGCCUGUGUCAGUGUGCAGUGAGAGCUGUCACCAGGGAACUCAUAAGGUCCUCCAAAAAGGACGACCAAUCUGCUGCUAUGAUUGCAUACCCUGUCCUGCAGGAGAGAUCAGUAAUUCAACAGAUUCAAUACACUGUAUGAAAUGCCCACCAGAAUAUUGGUCCAAUGACCAAAGAGAUUCCUGCAUCGCCAAAACAAUAGAAUUCUUGGCAUAUGAUGAAAUCCUGGGAACACUGUUGGUCGUAUUUUCAUUAGUGGGAGUUUUUUUAACAGUGAUCACAACACUUGUCUUCUACUGCCACAUAGAAACCCCGCUAGUACGAGCCAACAACUCCGAGCUGAGCUUCCUGCUGCUCUUCUCCCUGACUCUGUGCUUCCUGUGCUCCCUGACCUUCAUCGGACAGCCCUCUGAGUGGUCCUGCAUGCUGAGACACACUGCGUUCGGCAUCACCUUUGUCCUCUGCAUCUCCUGUGUCCUGGGAAAAACUAUAGUUGUGUUAAUGGCCUUCAGGGCGACACUUCCAGGCAGAAAUGUGAUGAAGUGGUUUGGUCCUGCGCAGCAGAGGAUCAGUGUUCUGGUGUUCACUCUCAUACAGGUUGUGAUUUGCAUUCUUUGGCUGACGAUCAAUCCUCCCUUUCCUUUUAAGAAUCUGUAUCUCUACGAGGACAGAAUCAUAUUAGAAUGUGAUCUCGGUUCAGCUGUCGGCUUCUGGGCUGUGUUAGGAUACAUCGGACUCUUAGCCAUGUUGUGUUUCAUUCUCGCUUUUUUGUCUCGAAAGCUUCCUGAUAAUUUCAACGAGGCUAAACUGAUCACCUUCAGCAUGUUGAUAUUCUGUGCAGUCUGGAUCACAUUUAUCCCGGCAUAUGUCAGCUCUCCUGGGAAGUUCACUGUGGCUGUGGAGAUUUUUGCCAUCCUGGCCUCCAGCUUUGGACUCCUAUUCUGCAUUUUCCUGCCAAAAUGUUUUAUAAUCAUGUUUAGACCUGAGCACAACACCAAGAAACACAUAAUGGGAAAGACAUCAAAUAAUGAUAUACAUUAUUGA